AUGAAUUUAGUGUCGCCACUACAGGCUGCUGACAAGUGGCGACAUUUGCUCAGGAUUCAAGAAAGAAUUUUGCUGCAUCAGUUAUCACAGAAGUAUCAGAAGAUAUUCAAAACAGAUGUUGAAGGCUUUAUCGAUCGCAGUAACCUUGUUGUGGUGAUCGUCGAAAGUGGACGGUGGUCAGCGAUGGUGAUGAUGUCUUGUUUACUGACAGCGGCCUUGCUGGCCGCGUUGACGACGCUCCCACGGCUGGACGGCAAAUUAACGACGCCUUUCGAUAUCGCUGUCCAUUGGCGAACGUGGCCGUCGUUUGCCGUCAAUCGUGCAAAGCAAUUAAUUGCCAAUCAUCGGGUGCAAAUCAGACGGUACAGCUCAUUACACGAAAACAAGGUUUUUGCCCCGCCCUCUGCGCCACCUUUUGACUGGCGGUCCUCUUGGCUUGCGUCUCGCUCUUCGUUCGCCUCCUGUUCGACCCUCGCUGUAAAUCACGUUGAAUGGCCUACCGUAAAAUUGGCCUCUAAUGCAUCAUACCACCUGGUCAUCGAGGCGAGUUUCUGUCCAACCUUUGAUCAUCGACGACUGUCCAUGCAUCGAUUUCAGCCGGCACCAUCUGUGCCGAAAAUCGUGGAUACGCGCAUCCGUGUCCCCUGA